UGUUGAGUGCAGAGAGACACUGAGUGAGCAAGCGGAGAGGGAGAGGGAGAGAGAGAGAGAGAGAGAGAGAGAGAGAGAGAGAGAGAGAGAGAGAGAGAGAGAGAGAGAGAGAGAGAGAGAGGGGCUGUGUUAAGGAGAAUCCGUAGCCCUCUGGCUCACAAGGAUAAAGGAGCAGAAAGGAAGAGAGGGGAAAAAAGCACUCCCUCUCUUUACCUACCAGAGGUUUUGUGUUUAUUUUCUUUGUCCUUCUCUCAAUUUGUUUUAUCCAUCCUUCUUUCACCUCGGGUCCCGCGGAAGGAGGAACAGCACAACCCGGAGACGCUCUACAGCACGUUCAACCGGUGGUGGAACUUGAUGCUGUCGUGUGGGUGUUGAGCUGAGAGGCCCUGGUUGAUGCAGUGAAGAGCUCUAUAAGGACAAACACAAGAAACGGUUGCAGCCAUGGGGAACCUCAUUAAGGUCCUUGGCAAGGAUUUAGAAAACUGUCCACAUUUUUUCCUGGACUUUGAAAAUGCUCAGCCUACGGAGGCAGAGACGGCGGUAUGGAACCAGGUCAGUGCUGUGCUGGAGGAGGCCCACGGUAUCCUGGCUGAACUACAGUCAUACAACGGGGCUGGACAGGAGAUACGAGAGGCCAUCCAGAACCCAGGUGAUCUGCAGUUACAGGAGAAGGCCUGGAACGCAGUCUGCCCCCUGGUGGCCAAGCUCAAACGCUUCUACGAGUUCUCCCUCCGACUGGAAAAUGCCCUGCGUAGCCUGUUGGAGGCGCUGACGAGCCCUCCCUACGCUCCCAUGCAACACCUAGAGAGAGAACAGGCCCUGGCCAAACAGUUCGCUGAGAUACUCCACUUCACCCUCAGCUUCGACGAACUAAAAAUGACAAACCCAGCCAUUCAGAAUGACUUCAGCUACUACAGGAGAACCAUCAGUAGAAACAGGCUGAACAACCAGCAGUUGGAGGCAGAGAACGAGGUGAACAAUGAGAUGGCCAAUCGCAUGUCUCUGUUCUACGCCGAGGCCACGCCCAUGCUGAAGACCCUGAGUAACGCCACCACCAAGUUUGUGUCAGAGAAUAAGACCUUACCCAUUGAAGACACCACAGACUGUCUGAGCACCAUGGCCUGUGUGUGUCGCGUCAUGCUGGAGACCCCUGAGUACCGUUGUAGGUUCACCAACACAGACACCAUGUUGUUCUGUAUGAGGGUGAUGGUGGGAGUGAUCAUUCUGUACGACCAUGUCCACCCUGUAGGAGCCUUUGCCAAGACCUCCAAAAUAGACAUGAAGGGUUGCAUCAAGGUGCUGAAAGAACAGCCUUCCAACAGCGUGGAGGGACUACUGAACGCACUGAGGUAUACGACCCGACAUCUAAACGACGACAGCACCUCCAAACAAAUCAGGGCUCUUCUCCAAUGAGAGUGAGAGGAGCAGAGAGAGGGAAGGAAGAUGAGAUAGCGAACGCGGAGGGAGAUGACGAAGAACGAGGGGAGAACAAACUGUGGUGUGCUGAAUCCUGUUUGUUGACAAGCAAAAUGAUCCGGUCUGAUAAGAAGCGCUGAUGAAAAGAACAAGUCUAUGUGUUGCUCAUCAUUCUGUCUCCCAUUUUGUAAAAAAGAAAAUGAAGGAAGAGAAACUAUAGAGAUAUAUAUUAAAGAGAAAAAUAGCGAAACAAAAAAAAUAAACAGGUGUUACACGAUGGAAAUAAGACUAAAGAAGAACAACAACAAGGAAAAAGCUAUAUUAAUAAGACUAAAGAAGAAGAACAACAACAAGGAAAAAGCUAUAUUAAUAAGACUAAAGAAGAAGAACAACAACAAGGAAAAAGCUGUAUUAAUAAGACUAAAGAAGAAGAACAACAAGGAAAAAGAUGUAUUAAUAAGACUGAAGAAGAACAACAAGGAAAAAGCUGUAUUAAUAAGACUAAAGAAGAAGAACAACAAGGAAAAAGCUAUAUUAGAAAAUCUAGUCAGUAAACAAAACUCAAAAAAAUAAAAUAACUGAAAAUAAACACAAAAAGAUUAAUAUUCCGUACAACAACGUUAGUCUGAAGAAUAUUUUUGCACUGGUGUAGAAUAUAAACAACGCUGUCUGUUAGUCUCUAAGUAGCCGCUGUAAAGAUUUAAACCAGGCUCCAUUACAAACUUUAAAAAAUAAGACUGGGAAUGACAAAAACGGCCUGAUUCCAAACCAAUAGCUUGUCCCUUUCCAAAAGUCCUGACUCCUCCAAUCUAAAAGGACUUGGAGUUAUAUGCAGUUCAAAUCCAAACAAGCUGUCAGGUAGCCAACAAGGUCCUAGGGAUCGGGAUGAGGUAUUGGUUUGGGACUGGGCACCUGUGUAGAUUAGGCUCAGUCUCUGCAUUGAGGGUCCAUCCCAAUCGUCUAAAGGGGCUUCCUCCACUCCUCACCCUCUCCUCAUUUCCUCUCCUUCAUCUGCACUGAACUGAAAACACAGGUGUUAAGUUAAGGUAAUGUGAUGGAUACAAACCAGAAAUGAGCUCUCACUUUGCUCAGCUCUUUCACAUCAUUGCAGAUGAAGGAAAGUCAGAAAGGAGACAUGGAGGGAAAUCUAUUUUAGCGUAUUGAGAUUCACCCAGACACUCCAUGUUGAUUUCCUCAUCAUACAACCACUCCUAUUGAUCCUAACCCAUAACCCCCCCCCAUCCACUUGCAUCGUAACCAUGGGAGCUGUGGGUGUUCUUGGCACUAGUAUGUAAUGCUACGACGUAAAUGAUUGAGUUGGUGAUUCAGACCUCUUUAUGGUGCCAAAACCUUUUAUUAUCCACAUUAAAGUUCAUUCAACAAGUGCCAAAGCUACUGCAUCAUCAGAAGGUGAGGAUUGAGUUAAGGAGAUAGUGACUACAACAAGCCUUGUAAACACUGCUUGAUAUCUCUCUUUAAGGGGUUAAGGAGAUAGUGACUGACUACUAGAUAUCUCUCUUUAGGGGGUUAUUUAAGGAGAUAGUGACUGACUACUAGAUAUCUCUCUUUAGGGGGUUAUUUAAGGAGAUAGUGACUGACUACUAGAUAUCUAUCUCUAGGGGGUUAUUUAAGGAGAUAGUGACUGACUACUAGAUAUCUCUCUUUAGGGGGUUAUUUAAGGAGAUAGUGACUGACUACUAGAUAUCUAUCUCUAGGGGGUUAUUUAAAGAGAUAGUGACUGACUACUAGAUAUCUAUCUCUAGGGGGUUAUUUAAGGAGAUAUUGACCAUAAGCAUUUUGCUACACUCGCAUUAACAUCUGCUAACCAUGUGUAUGUGACCAAUACAAUUUCAUUUAAAACACAAAGAGAAGGGCAGAGACAAGUCUAUCAGGGAGGGACUAAGGCAACAUCAUAAGAGGAUAGAUACAUGCAGACACACACACACACACACA